ACUUAUUCAGACAUUCUUCGGUGGUUUUGACUUAAAAAGAUUUUGUUUUAAUUUUUUAAUCCAAUUCUCAAUACUAUCACAAUUAAUGGCAGCAAUUAUUGCCGGAAUCACAUCGUCUCUCAUAAUAACUGUAAUUCAUUUGUUUGUCAAACAUUACAAUUCUGUUAAAAUAUCGCCACAAGUGGACGACAAAAGUCAUUCAAAGAGUCUUUUGUCUCAAAUAAUUCCGAUCGCAACACAAAAAUCAUAUUUAAUCCUAACAUUGCAUUCAAUGCUAUCGUUUUGUUUCGUCUGUUUGGCUGUAUUUGAUUUGAAUCUAACAGUUCUUCAAAACCAUUUGGACAACACUUUUACAUCCAUUGUAUUGUAUGCCAUGUCGUGGUUCUCAUGUAUUAUAGCACACCAUUCGCUAACUAUAGGUCCGCCGCCAGAAACGGCCACUUAUGCCAGCAUUGAGACCAAUGAUCUCAUCUCAACGCUCAAUCGACCCAUUCAUGUAUUCAUACUUUUAAUUAUAGACUUUUUAAACCAAAUUACUGUCAAACAAGACAUAAUUAGCACAAUAUGUCCACUUAUGUUGAGUAUAUAUCCACUUCUUUGGUUGUUUGGUGUCUUACCGCCAUUCAUGUCAUUAUUUCAAUGGCUUAAUGAAAGGAUUAAUAUAAUAAUCUUCGGGGGCGGACCGUCUCAUUCAAUCUUCUACUCAAUUGUAUCAUUAAUUUUAUCUACUAUUGUAUUGAUAGUAUGUAUGGCUAUCAACCGUCCGGUGCCUAUCAUUUUUAUCUCAACAAUCAGUGGCUUUCUAUUAAGUAAUAAUUUUAUACAAGACAUAAAGUCCAUUAAAUCGAUGAAAUUCAUUCAUUUGAUUGUAUACUGUCUGCCAAUACUUUCAAUUAUAUUAAUUAAUACAUUGACUGUAAUUGUUUUAAAUUUAUUUCCAAUAAUUCAAUGGUUUACAUAUAUUAACGCCAUUUUGCUGUUAAUUAUAUCUUUGAUACGAUAUUCACAUAACGUUUACAUAUUUUUUGGUUUAUUUCGAAACCCGUUAUACCCCCGGUCUUCGUCGGGGAUACGAGUGUUCACUCAAUUUAAACACAAUUCUAAAUAUAUGAUAAUCUCAAUGAAAAUAAUGAUCCAUUUUUGUAAUUCUGCCCGUAAUAUGUCUAUUAAAUGCAAACAU